AAAAGAUGUAUCCAACAAAUGAUAUCCUAUCUCAAGAUCUAAACUAAUCUGAACUAGAUAAUCAACACAUCUAUUUCUUUUCAGGAUAUAUUUACCAAAAGAACAUCCCAAGUUUUCUUUUUCGAGCAACUAAUACUUCUCAAAAGGGCAUUAGAAUUUUGCUAAAAUUUCCUUCCCCAUUAAUUUUGCUAAUCACCGUUUAAGAGUCACACUGCACUACCAAUUUCCUAAUGCCCAUAGUCCAUGCAAGUUCAAGCCCUUUCUCGAUGCCCCAAAGUUCUGUCUUGUACGCCAAACAACUCCCAAAAUGAGAGAAACCUGCUGCCCAUCUUUCGUUUGCGUCUUGCAGCAACCCUCCGCGUUUCCGUCCUUUGAGUCGUCUGUGUUUAGCGCUGUCCACCCUAGUAGUGGUGGAGUCCAACUAAUGUGGAUCUCCUCUCUUUUCUUUGUGGUUAUUAUUGUUGAAGAAAUUCAUUGCACUUUCGGGUUUGAUAAGCUGCAUCCACGUUCUUGAAACCUUCGGACAGUCUCUGAUGGUGUGGAUAAUGUCCCCGCUCAUUUACAUUGCAAAUUGGGAAGAUUUCACUACCCCCAAAUAGACAAACUCUUCUUUGAGCUUUAUAUGUAGGGAUGGCAACACUUCCAAAUUGGUUGCAGAGCUCGGGGCGGGUUUUUAGCUGGGGAGUACUUGGAGCAGGAUUGAGUUUAGGAACAUAUUGAAGCACCUAUGUGGGUAGAUUUGACUAUUGAAGCUAACUCUUUUAGUGAAGAUAUAAAUGAUGACUGGUUCAACACAAGCCACCCGUUCCACCAGUGGUCUGCUCGGCAGCUGAAGGCUAAGUUCUCUCAUCCUGGACAGGAGAAAUUGACAUCAGAAGUAGUUGACUCGGAUGGACAAGACUCGCAGCAGGUUCCUUCUUCAGUCUCAAGGUCGAGGGGCAAACACUACAAUAGCAAGAAAUGGGAAGUUAUGAAUCUGAACAAUUUGUUAGACAAGCAACAGGGUUUGAGUAAGAGAUGCUUCCAAGCAAGUUCCAGCUUUGGUAAUGAGGUGAAGCCCAAAACAAAAUCUAAUGUUGGCCACCCAAAAGGAAUGUUGAGUGAAAAUUUAGGACCGAACUUUGAAAGCAAGGCAAGAGGAAAAGCUAAGUCUUCGGCCAGUUGCAGUAAGCCUGUGAUUGGAACAAAUUUUGUUGAUAAAAGGAGUGGUGAAAGCAGUACAAGAAGCACAAUAACGUCGGAGGACACUCAUCAACAGCAGAAAUGUAAAGUGGAACCUACUCAGCUUUGUGAUAAAAAUGGUAGAAGUUUGUCAGAUAGGGGUGUUGGUCUUAGGAAAAGUUGUAUAACAGACAGAGCCUCGAUAGUUCAGCAACAACAGAAAUCAAUGGAGGUAUGUAGUCAACCUUGUAAAAGUGGAAGUUCGUCAGCUGUAAGUGUUUGUCUUGGUAAAAGUUGUGUUACUAGAAGAGCUUCCAGAAUGGAGGUUGCUGGUGAUAUAAUGCAAUCAAGGGGUCGUAAAUCUUCUUAUGGGAACUCUAGUGUUGGAUCAUCUUCAAUCCCUGGUUAUGAAGUUAAAUUUGUAUCAAAACACAUCAGAAAGGAAAUUGCAGAUGGGAAUGAUGCCGUUACAAUGAAUCUUGCAGAUAAGAAUAAUUGGAAGCCUGCUAAUGUAUCUCAGACGCAGACAUCUACCUAUCUGGUUAAGGGAGCAAAAUCAAGCAACAAGCAGGGAAAUAGUGUCAAUUGUGCAAAACCAGCAUGCCUUAGAAAUACAAAAUCAUUGGUCCAAUAUCGGUCAAUACGUCAGACAUCUUUGAUGCCUGUUAGAGGCAACAAAGAAGAUGCUUGUACUGGUGCUAAGAAGAAACUUGGAAAGAUAAAUAGUUUGACUGGCAAGGGAAAAGAGAAUGUUGCAAAUACUGUGACAUCAAAUCCAAAGUGCAUUGAAAAAGGUGUUACUAGCGGGCGCAUGUUAAAAGAUCUUAGAACUACGGAAUGCUGUCGUCUGCAGAAGGGCAACGCAGGCUCAGCUGCUCUAGCAAAUAAACUGGGAAAAGACAAUGAUCGACCUGAAGCAAAGAAUCGAACUAAUCUAGUUCGAAGGAUUUACCUACGAUAAGUGAGUUAAAGCUCCAUGCUAAUCCUCCGCAUAAUCUCUCUGUCUCUCUCAAAUUUCUUUUUAGGGACAGAAAAUGUUAACUCCAUUACAAAAUUUUGUCAUGUUCAUGAAGCCUUUAUUACUUCGUGUCAUUAAAAAGGGAUCAAGAAAGGCCUUACCGUGGUAUGUGGUAACUUUUGUAUAUAAAGCAUGAAGAAGCUACUGUUAGUAUCAUGUCUAUGCAGCAAAGCUGGCACCAUUUCUAAUUUUAGUGACAUGGUAUACAUUUUGUUGCUGCUUACAGUCAUUCCGUGAUUCUUGCAAUAUCCUUUUUUGUAGUAGCACUUUCAUUAUACCAUAUAAUGCACCCAGGUGCUCCUACAUAAACUGCAUUUUUUCC